CGAUGUCAUUGAAAACCAAAACCAAAACCCCCACUUCCUAAUUUGCUUUCAUCAUGUCUAUCAACCCCAACGAAGAUACCGAAUUCAACGAUGCCCUUCGGAAACACGGCAUCCUCCCACCACGAGAACCGACGCCGCCCUCUCCAUCUCCACCACCCUCACCCACAUUCGAUGAUCUCUUGAACGACUUUACAUCUUCUGAACUCCAGGAAUUCAGCGAGGAUGCCCCAGACGAUGAGACCGAACGUAUAAUCGCUGCGUACCGAAAACAGCGCCUAGCCGAUGAACGGAAAGAAGAUAAGAAGGGUAGAUUUGGACGCGUGUAUCCGAUCGGCAGGGAAGACUACACUCGGGAAGUCACAGAGGCUAGCAAUGUCGACGAGGAGGAUGAUGAUAACGAGAAGGGCACUGGGGUUGUGUGUUUCUUGUAUAAAGAUGGGAUACCAAGAAGCGAUCGCACAUUUCAACACAUUCGUGCUCUAGCGACAAAAUACCCUCGCACAAAAUUCGUUUCUAUCAUCGGGGAUAAAUGCAUUCCAAACCUACCUGAUACUCGGGUGCCUAUGUUAAUCGUAUACAGGAAAGGGGAUAUACGGAAUCAGAUCGUCGCGUGGGGCGCAGACCGUGAACGACGUCAGGAAGGUAUGUGUCCAUGUCAUUGA